GAAUCGCACUGAAUCCUCCAUCCUUCCAUGGAUCUCAGCGUCGAGCUGCUGAAGCUUUCGGUUGCCGAUGGCGGCGGCGAGGACCGCCUUAGUGCUCUACCAGACGACCUGCUCAUCCACAUCCUUGUUCUUGUCAAGGACGCCGCCGCAGCCGCUCGGACCAGCAUCCUCGCCAGCCGCUGGCGCCGCCUCUGGCCCCUCCUUCCGGAGCUCAGAUUCGGCUCAAUCGAGCACCACCUCAUAGGCGCCGCGCUCGCAGCACAUGAGGCGCCGGACCUAAGCCUCAUCUUGGCGCACACAAAGGAUGCAUCUCCAGAGUCACUCUCAGCUUGGCUCCCCAUCGCCGCGCGCAGCCUCUCUGGGGCCAUACAACUCAAGGUAGUGCGGCUGGAGAGUGAGACCGAGGCCGAGGCCGGGGACAGAGGCGACAUUGAUCUACCUUGCUUCAAGAAGGCUACCACCAUAAUGCUCGAGCUUGGGUUUCUUGGCCUCGCCCUACCGCCAUCCGGAGUUUUCGCCCAGCUCGGUGAUCUGAAGUUGGUUGACAUCCAGCUACAUGGUCAGUCAAGCGGGCUCGGUGAUCUUCUCUCCUCCCAGCGGUGCCCAUCCUUACGGUUCCUCCUCGUCAGUGAUGUCCGGGGUCUGGACAGCUUCAACAUCCAGUCGGACUCUCUGCUACACAUGAAGCUGUCGUAUCUGCAUCACUUAAAGCAGCUCACUGUCAUGGCACCGGCUCUCAAAAAGUUAAAAGUGAGCAGGUGCUUUGCAGAUCCUCUGAAUCCAGAUCUAUCAGUUGCCAACAUCUCAGCCCCUCAGCUGACAUCACUUGGGUGGAAGAAUAUUAUUGAACCAAGUUCUACCCAGCUUGACAAGAUGAUGCAUCUCGAAAAGCUAGGCAUCGAACUUUUUAUUGUAGAGGCAGAGGAGGUUUUUGAACACAAUCAGUAUUGCAUGACGCUUUUGCGGCGCUUUCAGCGCAUCCACACUCUUGAUCUCCUGAUUUACUAUCCACCGGCCAUAUGUACAGGGCCAUACUUGAUGGAACACAUGCCAAGGCUUCCUGAUAUUACAUCUUUGGAGUUGUGUGUAGUAGCAAAUGGGCAUUCCUUUGGAGCCAACGCAUUUGAUGUUCUAAGGAGGUGUCCUGGUGUAAAAAAGCUGGAUCUUGAUUUUCUGUCAGAAAGUCAACUCGAGGAACAAACUAUGUGCCCAUCAGGUUGCAUCUGUGAUCAGCCACAAAACUGGAGAACGGAGGAGCUUGUGCUGAAUUGCCUUGAAGAAAUAGAAAUCCAUGAUAUGAGGGGCACUGAGCAUGAAGUUGCGUUCGUGCAACGGAUAUUCUAUUGGACACCAGUACUAAAAAGGAUGCAAAUAAUUUUCCAUGAGUCAGAAACUGAAAGCAAGGCCAAAGAGCUCAGCCAGUUAUUACUAAGCUACGCUGACAUGAAAAUUAGUAGUUGCAUGAUACUUGGGCACCACUUUGUUGCUCACACUGGCUUCAGUGCAGCAGCUUUACCUCUGGGAUGAACUCUUGUAACUUGUUUCUCGACCUUCUCGUAUCUGUUGGACUGAACUCUAGUUAUUAUGUAUGAUUACUGAGUGUUGGCUGAUGACGCCUCUGAAUUAUCAUUUUGGUUUCGUCACAGUAAUUGGUGGCAAGUGCAACUGACAUGUAACCGAGGUUUCAUGUAGGGCAGAUCGUAAGUAAGCAUUGUUCUUGGGAUGUAUGGAC